UUUUGUACUACUAAACUCUUAACUUUCAUUAUGCUAUGGAGGUGAUAAAGAUAUGGCAUCUUUAGAAAUAUGACUCAAAGCCACAUCCUGAAAACUACACAAACACUUCCUUCUUCCUUUAAUACAAGGAAGCAUUUAAAGACUGACAUUUUCAGUGAAGUGUGCCUCUGCUCUUCAGUAGCUCAGCUGGACUGUGAUCUCACCAUGUUCAUCAAUUGUAAACUGGUAAUACUGAUACUUGUGAUAAGUCUUGAUGGCCAAGCUCAUACAGCAAAAAUUAUCGGAGGCCAUGAGGCUGUGCCACAUAGCAGGACAUACAUGGCGCUUUUGGAGUGCCACACAAGUAAUGGUGAAAAAAAGUACUGCGGUGGCUUCCUUCUGAAUGAGGACUUCGUGAUCACUGCAGCCCACUGUCAAGCCAAGUCCUAUGUCUUACUAGGACUUCACAAUUUUCAUAACAAAGCCGAAGUACAGGGUAAAUAUGUUGAGAGAUCAUUUCCACAUAAAGACUUCAACGGAACUUGCAAAAAUGACAUAAUGCUUCUUAAGUUGAGCUCCAAGGCACAUUUCAACAAAAACGUGAGACCCAUUGCUCUAGGAGACCACAGUGGUUUGCCAAAAGCAUGUACCGUCUCUGGCUGGGGCAGGGAUAAUACUUCAGACUUGAACUCUGUCGUGCUCAUGGAAGUCAAUGUAAAGCUCAUUGAUCAUAAGCGGUGUGAUGAGGACAAUCUCUACUGCUCUGAGGGAGAAACUGGACCAGCUGAGGGAGACUCUGGCGGUCCAUUGGUCUGUGAAGAUGGAAAGGCAUAUGGGGUGUUUGCUGGUUUCUUUAAAACAAAAUCAGAUCUAAAAACAUAUGUCUAUACUAAGAUACCUGACAUUAAAGAAUGGAUUGAAUCUACCAUGAAAAUUGUAUGAAAACACUCUAAGGCAUUUGAACAUU